AUGGAUCAACAGUUGCAAUAUGAUCAUUCACUUGACGUAACGCCGCCACAGCAAGGUGGAUCCAAAUCUUUUGAUGAUGAUGGUCGACUUAAAAGAACAGGAACCAUAUGGACAGCGACUUCACAUAUUAUAACGGCCGUCAUAGGAUCAGGAGUGCUGUCAUUAGCAUGGGCCAUAGCUCAGCUUGGUUGGAUUCUUGGUCCAGCUGUGAUGUUGGUGUUCGCCUUUGUGAUUUACUACACAUCCUGUUUACUUUCUGACUGCUAUAGAACUGGUGACCAAGUUACUGGCACGAGAAACUAUACUUACAUGGAUGCUGUUAGCACAAAUCUUGGUGGCUCUAAGGUCAAGCUUUGUGGGUUGAUUCAAUACAUAAAUCUUUUUGGUGUGGGAAUUGGAUAUACGAUUGCAGCAUCCAUAAGUAUGAUGGCUGUUGAGAGGUCCAACUGUUUCCAUGCUAGCCACAAUGAUAACCCGUGCCUUACAUCGAGUACCCCAUACAUGAUCAUAUUUGGUGUAUUACAAAUCAUAUUCUCCCAAAUACCAGACUUUGAUCAAAUUACAUGGCUAUCAAAGGUUGCUGCAGUCAUGUCGUUUACUUAUUCCGGGAUCGGAAUGGGUCUCGGAAUCGCUAAAGUGGCAGAAAAUGGGACAUUCAAAGGAAGUCUGUCCGGAAUUAGCAUUGGUACGGUAACUCAAGCCCAAAAGAUAUGGAGGAAAUCCCAAGCGCUUGGAAACAUUGCUUUUGCUUACUCGUAUUCGAUGAUCCUAAUCGAAAUUCAGGACACAUUAAAAGCACCACCAUCAGAAGCUACAACUAUGAGGAAAGCAAGUUUAUUCAGUGUUUCAACUACGACCAUCUUCUACAUGCUUUGUGGAUGUAUGGGCUAUGCGGCAUUCGGUGACAUGGCACCAGGAAACCUUCUAACAGGGUUUGGGUUCUACAAUCCAUAUUGGUUGGUCGAUAUUGCCAACGUUGCAAUUGUAAUUCACCUUGUUGGAGGUUACCAAGUCUAUUGCCAGCCCUUAUUUGCCUUCAUCGAGAAAUGUGCAGCAACUAAAUGGCCAAAGAGUGAUUUCGUCAACAAAAACUUUCAAGUACCUAUCCCAGGAUGCCGCCCUUACAAUCUCAACCUAUUCAGAGUUGUUUGGAGAACACUAUUUGUGGUGCUAACUACACUUAUAUCGAUGCUUCUUCCGUUCUUCAACGAUGUUAUUGGGAUUAUUGGCGCAUUUGGCUUCUGGCCGUUAACUGUUUAUUUCCCGGUGGAGAUGUACAUAUCACAGAAAAAGAUACCCAAGUGGAGUCCCAAAUGGUUUUGCCUUCAACUACUGAGCGCUAUUUGUUUAGUAAUCUCAAUUGCAGCUAUAGCCGGAUCAGUGGUAGGUGUCGUUGCUGAUCUUAAGGUUUAUCAUCCCUUCAAAUCUAACUAUUGAUGGCUCAAGGAAAGGAACCGUCCGCUGACUGAGAGAAAUCGGCCACUAGGCAUUCACCAAGUUGUAGUUCCCUGUUCAUAACAAUAUUAAAAGUUUCGUAUCAAAUGUAGCAUUUUACUCUUUUUGUUGCAGUAGUCCGUAUGUAUUAAUUAAUUUAUGUGGAAAUCAAGUACUAUAUGGUUCUCUUAACCUGUUUGUUCCCUUGUUCAAUAUUAACGUAAGACUUUCACAAGAUUCGCUUAAAAUAUUUCACAUUCAUUCAAAUACUGAGCACGUAGCCAUGGUGUGGUCUACUGAAUUGAGCAUCAAAGUUCUUUGACACAUUUUCUUCUUCGAUCGACAAUCUUUCGUAUAGUGGCCUUUUUUAUCCACAAGCUAAACAUUCACCAUCACACUUAUUUUCUUCUCUCUGCUACUUGAUUCACUCAAAGUCAUCAUCUGAAAUUCUUGGACUUGCGCCAUGACAAACUUGCUAUCUGUCAUCUUGAGGUCCGAGAAUCAAGCAACUAUGAGUUUCUUCACUCCCCCGAUUCGAUCUAUAUUUCUUCUCUAAGGAUCCCCAUACUUCCUUGGCAGUAUUCAUAGGAUGAUAACACAAAUAUAGGUUGAACCCGAUUUGGUC